AUGCCCACCUGGGAGAACAUAGUCUUUGAUGGGCUUUCUCCCCACCCACUGGAGUCAGAUAUGCUUGAGAUUAUGCAGAGUACUUAUCGCAGUGCUGGUUUAUCACCUCCUGAUACCAUUGACCACUGGUGGCAUUCUCCGUCCAUUGGUUAUCAACUGAAUGCGGACGGGUCAGCACCAACUAUCGUAAUCAUCAACGUUCGCGAGGGUGAACCGGAUCAGCCGAAAAUGAACACCCAUUUCACCAUCAACCUCGACAGACUCUCAGUCAAAGACAGGAAGUCAAAUAGAUACAUCGAGAUCCCUGGAGAGAUAGCACCCCGCUUGAACAAGGUCAGGCAGUGGGUUUGUGACGAUAUUGCGAACAAGAAGAGACCGAGGGAGAUCGCAAGCAGCGUCACGGUGGCACUCCCAAGUGGACAGAGGCUGAGUGGGCAAAUGUUGAAGGCACUCGAAGACCGCUUGAGGAGGAUGCAGGAAUUUAACCAUCGCCUAUUCACCCAUAGCCUCCUGGAGGACGACACACUACGAGAUGUCGUUCAGUGUCCCCUCUGCUCGUCCGCCAUCGUCCAGUGUGAAGACUGCAAGGCGAUAUCUUGCUGCAGCCCCUCUUGUCAGGCACGGCGUAUAUUCGCCAUCGAAACUCAUCCCACCCGCUCGACAUCUCUAUGUCAUCCUUGCUUAGAGACGAGCUCCAAUUUGACGACAUGUCCCGAAUGCAAACAAUGGUUCCGUGCGCCCAUUGGCUUUCGAUGGUGCCUCGGCAAGCCGCUGGGGAAACGCUCGGGCCGGUCCUCAUCCCAGAUCACUCGACAGCAUCCCCCCAAAGUCAUUGGUUGUGAUGCGUGUAUACGGGAGGGACAAGAACUCCUGACUCCUUGCUCGUCUGAAACAUGCUGGUCGAGGACUGCUCCUCCAAACAUUUCCCUAGCUCAGGCAAACGCAAAAGUUAUCAUCUGCGAUGAUUGUUCUCCCGACGGUGGCGAGACGUGCGAGUGCGGGAGGAUAUGGGUCUGUGACACGUGCUUUCCGAAGCAUUCCAAGCACUCCUCCGUCUGCCCGCGCUGCAAGAAGUGCUCGUGCGGUCAGUCCGCAACAUGCAAGAAGGUCCGAGUCCAGUCAUGCAGAAACUGCGGUAACACUCCGCCUUGCGACGACUGCAUCACCGAGGCUGAGAAGAUGACGCACCCAGACGCACUGACGCGCACUUGCGAGGAUUGUGAAGCCCGGUUCUGUGAGAGCUGCUGGAAGGAAGUUGGCGUCGAGUGCGCUGGCUGCGAAGCAACCAAGGUUUGCCCAGAUUGUGCCAAGCAGUGCCAGAACGACGAGUGCGAUGGGGAGUCAUACUGUCCGAACUGUGCGCCUGACUACUGCCUCUCCUGUGAUUUCUCCAUGGAUUGGGAGUCUACGCAGCACGAGCAACGCCGCUGGGAAAUCGCUAACCAAGGGUUUUCAUUCAUGAUGCCUUUUUCUUGA